GGUGGCGGGAGGAGGAGACAGCGCGGAAAGGUGCCACAUAAAGGAGGGCGCUCCUCCGCGCUGGAGGCAUCAUGGCCGCUAAGUCAGACGGGAGGCUGAAGAUGAAGAAGGGCAGCGACGUGGCGUUCACUCCGCUGCAGAACUCGGACCACUCGGGCUCGGUGCAGGGACUGGCGCCCGGCCUGCCGUCGGGGUCGGGGGCCGAGGACGAGGAGGCGGCCGGCGGCGCCUGCUGCCCGGACGGCUCGCGCUGCUGCUGCUGCUGCUGCUGCGCCGGGAGCGGCGGCUCGGGCGGCGCCUCCGGGGGCUCGGGCGGCCCGGGCGGCGGCUCCGGCCCGGGCUCGGCGGCGCUGUGCCUGCGCCUGGGCCCGGAGCAGCGGCGCUACUCUCUGUGGGACUGCCUCUGGAUCCUGGCGGCCGUGGCCGUGUACUUCGCGGACGUGGGCACGGACAUCUGGCUCGCCGUGGACUACUACUUGCGCGGCCAGCGCUGGUGGUUCGGGCUCACGCUCUUCUUCGUGGUGCUCGGCUCGCUCUCGGUCCAGGUGUUCAGCUUCCGCUGGUUUGUGCACGAUUUCAGCACCGAGGACAGCGCCGCGGCCGCCGCCGGCUGCACGCAGCCCGGGGCCGAGGGCAAGACCGCGGUGGGCGGCGGGGCCGCGGCCGCGGAAGGCGAGGCUCGCCCCUCCACGCCGCAGAGGCAGGCGUCCAGCGCCGGCAAGGGCCACGUCGCCGCCACCAACAGCGGCAGUAACAGCAGCGGGGCCGCCCGGGCCGGCGGCAAACCCAGGUCUGCGUCCUGUUCCUUCUGCAUCUGGCUCCUGCAGUCACUCACCCACAUCUUGCAGCUUGGGCAGUUCUGGAGGUAUUUCCACACGAUAUACCUAGGUAUUCGAAGUCGGCAGAGCGGGGAGAACGACCGGUGGAGGUUCUACUGGAAGAUGGUGUAUGAGUACGCGGACGUGAGCAUGCUGCACCUCCUGGCCACCUUCUUGGAGAGCGCCCCCCAGCUGGUGCUGCAGCUCUGCAUCGUCGUGCAGACGCACAGCCUGCAGGCCCUGCAAGGUUUCACAGCGGCAGCCUCCCUGGUAUCCCUGGCCUGGGCCUUGGCCUCCUACCAGAAGGCCCUCCGGGACUCUCGCGAUGACAAGAAGCCUAUCAGCUACAUGGCCGUGGUCAUCCAGUUCUGCUGGCACUUCUUCACCAUCGCGGCCAGGGUCAUCACCUUCGCCCUCUUUGCCUCGGUUUUCCAGCUCUACUUUGGGAUCUUCAUUGUCCUUCACUGGUGCAUCAUGACCUUCUGGAUCGUCCACUGUGAGACGGAGUUCUGCAUCACCAAGUGGGAGGAGAUCGUGUUCGACAUGGUGGUGGGGAUUAUCUACAUCUUCAGCUGGUUCAACGUCAAGGAAGGCAGGACACGCUGCAGGCUCUUCAUUUACUAUUUCGUGAUCCUUCUGGAAAACACAGCCUUGAGUGCGCUCUGGUACCUCUACAAGGCUCCCCAGAUCGCGGAUGCGUUUGCCAUCCCGGCGCUGUGCGUGGUCUUCAGCAGCUUCUUAACCGGCGUGGUGUUUAUGCUGAUGUAUUAUGCCUUCUUUCACCCCAACGGACCCCGAUUCGGGCAGUCACCAAGCUGUGCUUGCGAGGACCCCUCUGCUGCCUUCACUCUGCCUCCAGACGUGGCCACGAGCACCUUGCGGUCCAUCUCCAACAACCGCAGUGUCGCCGGCGACCGCGACCAGAAAUUCGCAGAGCGAGAUGGGUGUGUCCCUGUCUUUCAGGUGAGGCCCACGGCCCCAUCCACCCCAUCCUCUCGCCCACCACGGAUUGAAGAGUCCGUCAUUAAGAUUGACCUGUUCAGGAACAGGUACCCAGCGUGGGAGAGACACGUUUUGGACCGAAGCCUCCGAAAGGCCAUCUUAGCCUUUGAAUGUUCGCCGUCUCCUCCGAGGCUGCAGUACAAAGACGAUGCUCUCAUUCAGGAGCGGCUGGAGUAUGAGACCACGUUAUAAAACGGAGGACUUGGAGGGGCCACGACCUCCAGACAGAGGGGUGACCGCAGGGCUGUGGCAAUAAGGAAACUCUCCCCUAGAGCAGGGCGACGGGCUGCGAGGCUCCCAGUUUGACCCUCAUCAGAUUCGUGUCUGACCCUCCAUCAGCAGAGUGCCUGCUGCUGGCCUCUUUUCAAAGAGCAGCCCCAAGACCCUCCUACUCGUCUGAAGGGAACAGGCCAGCCGAGUGGGACUCCUUGUUGCCGCCAGCCCCCUCCAGCCCAAUCUUCAGCACAUCCAUCCAAGGGUACUGUUGUGAUGGGAAAUACUGCCUCCAGUCAGUAGGGUGUUUGGAUGGAGUUAACUGAUCUUUGCAUAAAAAUAUACUGAAUCACACAUACACACAUGAGUACACACACACUAACACACAUGCCAAUCCUCUGUCAAAAUAGUUUAGGUGAUUUCUGUUGAUGCAAAGCUGUGAUUCCUGCAGGAAUAUGAAAACCAAGAGAGAGAAAACAUAUCCCUCAAGACUCCAGAAAAACAAAAAACAAACAAACAAAAAAAUAUAGUGAAGCUUAGAAAGAAUUCAUAAACCAUCCUCAUGUGAAAACCUUACCCAAUGGACAGAAAACCCAAGUGUGUUUACACAUGUAUUAGAAUUGAUGAAAUGGUUCGUUUUCAACACACGUCAGGAUUUUUUUUUUUUCAUUUUAAAUUUUCAGUUGAGAACAUCUCCUAUUACAGAAAUCCUAUGCAGCCCAUGGAUGGCUUCUGACAAGACCAAGGAGCUUGAUACCUUAGUGAUGUAAGUUCAGUGAUAAUCAGGAUGCAGUAUUCAGUUGCAAAAAAAUGUAAUAAAACCACAGAGAGGAAGUGGGAGCAAAAGGCAGAAUGAGUGUCUGAUUUCCUGGCCUGUGCAGCUCACAUAGGAAGGUCAGGGCGGAGCGGCGGGACAGAUGGCCAGUGUUCAGGUGCAGGAAUGGAGGUUCUAUGUGAUGGCGGGCAGGCAGGAUUUCAAAAUCCAUACGCCAUGCCACACCCUUCUAGUGCCAAAGUCCAUCCAACACGGGGACUGAUGGGGAAGCCCUGAACGGCUGAGCAUGGUUGGCGUGAGCCCCACCAAAGCAGAAGAGGGCUUGAACAGUCAAGUCCUCCCUGUGUAAAGGACCCCACUCCCCCACCCAAGGUCAAAGUGAUGUGUCUUUUAGAGGCUUUGGGACACAUUUUUGUAAGUGUGAGCCCACAGGUGCAGUGAAUAUGCUGUGAGAAAACCCUUCUGAACUGAUUGAGGGCUUACCACUAGAUCCAGCUAAGAUCUGUAUUUCAGUCAUUUUGUAAAGUCCCACUCUUACAACAAGCUUCUGGGUUUUAAAUACCUCUGUCCAGCAAGUGAACAUCCCCCACUUUCUGUUCCCAGUGUCCCUCCACCCCACCCCCCCGUCAUGGUGCUUUUUGUUGCAUUAAAAGUGCCGGUCAAACUUUGAUAGUAUUUUUUUAUAGUUGGUGCAGAGUGGAAUAACUCAUGGAUUAUUUCAAUAUUUUUGUAAUAAAAAAUAUAGGGUAUACAUAUAGGCAUCAUCACUUUUUUUAUAGACCUGGGAUCGUUUAAAAUACUUUAAGCAUCAUAAUUACUUGGGAUGUAGAAACUGGUCCACAGAUCCCAUCUGCCUGCCUCAGCAGAUCAAGAACACAUGUCUCUUGCAAGAUCAUCCUACUUUGCCAUGUCGGUGCCCCCAGGAACCUGGCCAGGGGUGCUAUCAGAAUAUCAGGGGACGAGAGAAUCAGCUAAACUAGAAAGGGCUUGUCAAGACUGGCCAAUGUUUCCCAGGAAACCAAAGAUGGAAGUGAUGACUCUUCCAUCUCUUAGGACAAACCUGACCACAGUGGGCAAUGUCUUGGAUGUCCUUUCCCGGUUUUAUAUCUACCCAACUGAUGCACCAAAUAUUAGUCAAGUCAAUUUUUAAAAACAAAAAAAGUCAGUUUAACUUAAUUAUUCAGUUAUCUGGACUGUCCAAUUCACUUAACAGUCAAGUUCUAGAGCCACUACCUGUCACAACUGUGUCGUACGGAGGCAGCCGUCCCUAUGACGACACCCACAGCAAGUAACAGGGGGCUCGAACUAGGACUUCUUUUGGUACUUAAGUCCAAAGGCAGUGCUUAAAAAGGAGGAGAUUUUUAUCAGUAGACAUAUUUUCCUAGUACUCCAUGAUGGAUCCUCCAAGCAGCAGUCCACUGAAAAAUAAUAACCUUUGGUUUGGAUGUGAAAAAGUUACCUAGUCACGAGGAAAGGCCCAGAAAGAUGCUCUUCCUGCCAGCAAUUGGCGAAAACAUUCCACUCCCCACUCUAGAAGGGAAAAAUGAUUAUAUUGGCAAAUUCUUCACUUUGGUGCCGGCCCGUGGGUCAUUAGCUUCCUUAAUUAAUGAUCUUUUGAAACUGAAUCACUCAGUGGAACUAUCCCUUUGAUUCCAUGAGUAAAUCGCAGAUGAUAAUGUCAGUCAACAAACACAACAGGUCCCAUCACUCUUCAAUCAUGUAAAUCCUAAGUUAUUUCUCAACUUGAUCCUUCGUUUAACAGGUGAAGAAUCAAAAUGAGCGCUGUGUGACUGAAAAAAUGCUGUACUGUGCUUUGUCUUCAAAGUGAGAAUGCAGUCAAGAGAGUGCAAGUUUGAAAUUUUCAGUGAUUUUAGCAAAUACUGUAAAUACUCUGUUAUCCAACAUACUUAAAAGGUGAGGGUUUAGUCAAAAAUGCUUGUUAAGGAAAUGACAUCUCCACCAUGUUAUAAAUAACAAGACUUCUCAAGAUUAUAGACAAGAACAACAACACAACAACAAAUGUUACUUCCAAGGAGAAUCAUGGCUUAAUCUUGCUUCCAUGAUUCAGAAAGCCCUGUGUUGCCAUCAAGAAUGUAUUUGUCUCAGAUACACUGAUAACAGAGCAUUUCCAGUAUUAGGAUUUAAAGAGACAUUGUCAACGUACAAAGGAACAAAGUUUGAUUUUCAUAUUUAUACUUUAGUAUAAACCCUAAGAUUUUCUUUUCAGUUGACCACUAAAUUCUCCACAGAGAGUAGCUCAAGAAUCCAAAAGGAACAAGCCUUACAAAUCGGAACCUACAAAUUUGUUAGCAUACAAAUUGGAAACACUGGAUUCUUUAUCUGUGAGCUCCAACGUCCUGUGCUGGGUCUGUUGGGUUACUUGGGGGCGGGGAGGGGGGCGGCCGUGAAGGGUCUGUCCUUAGUACUUAAUUUGGCAUAGGACCAUGAGUUUUCUAAAAGAAAAUAUUAUAAAUUUUCUUAACUUUUAAAUGAACAUUUCUCAAUGAAACUUAACUUAAGAUGAGGAGUGUAUGUAUCCUAACCACACUGAGACUUUAAGUAUUUGUGUGGAAGAAAAAAAAUUUUCAAUAUAAGUCAAAGUUUGGUCCCUCAAAAUGACUAUGUCCUUUAAAUCUUCUCCCAUUCCUGUUGUUCUUCUUAACUAUGUACUAUCUAGUUCAGUAACCUGGACUUUGUAGACACUUUGUUACUCUUCUUUUAUGAUAUUGCUGUGAACCCAACAAAUGAAAUAAAUUCUCCUACCGACAUGGCAAGAAUAUGCAAUCCAAGUAUUAGCAAAAGAAAAAUACAGAGAUGAUCUGAAGAUGUAUUUAUACUUAAUUUCUAAAUGGCCCAUUUCUUUGGCUCUAUGAAUAAAUGAAGUAAUAGCACUGACCAAUUAAAAGUGAAUAGGAAUAAUUGAAAUCUCAAUGACUUUUUUAAAAAGAUAUUGUAUAGACGUGUGUUUAGUAUGGAUAACACACAUAUUACAUAUAAUAUAUGCACACACACAACUAAUGGAUGAAAAUAGGAAAAUAUAUACUGUUGUUAAUGCAUAUAAAUGUAUGUUAUUGACACAUAAACUUUUAGAUAAAAAGUUUUUCCCCACUCUUUUUCAGCAUCAGCUCAAGUGUAAAGCCCAUAUCUGUAAGACAUCAACACACACA